CGCGCGCCGCGUACGGCCCGCACGGCGCACAGCUGGACUGCCGCGUUGCGAUGUCUUUCCUGUGAGUGGCGAUAGCGCGGCGUGACAUGUGGGUCCGAUUACGCGCGACGAUAUAAGGCCGACGGGUGGAUUCGUGAUUCCAUGCGAGUCCACGCGAUCCCGGACACGAAGCGUGCCGGACAACAACGACGACGACGGCAGCAACAACAAUAGCAUCAGAAGCAGCAGCAGCAGCAGCAAUAACGGAACCUGCAGGACGAGUUAUGAGCACGUUGUACCAGGGAACGAGUCUAAUCUUAUCGUAGAGCCGCGUAUAUGACACGACUGCUCUGAGAAUGCGGUUGCCAACGGGAAACGAUGACCUCCCGCUGCUCCCGCUGCUCCUGCUCGGCGUGCUCGCCACCGGCUCGCAUUGCCUCGAGGUGAUAUACGCGAUCAACGCCGGCGGCGAGUCGCACACGGACAGCUACGGGAUACACUACGCCCGGGAUCCACUCCUGGGAAAGGUCGGCACGGCCUCCGACUACGGUAAGCAGCUGAUGAUCGGGCGCAUCAGCAACGUGGAUCAGAUACUGUACCAGACCGAGCGCUAUCACCACAACACCUUCGGUUACGACAUCCCGAUCAGCCAGGAUGGGAGCUACGUUAUGAUACUCAAGUUCUGCGAGGUGUACUUCAACUCGCCGAACAUGAAGGUCUUUGACGUCGUGCUGAAUGGCGAUCAUACCGUGGUCACCGAUUUGGACAUCUUCGAGAGAGUCGGCCGAGGAGUCGCGCACGACGAGUACGUGCCGUUCAGGGUGCAGGGUGGAAAAUUGAUAUACAAUGAUGAAGAAUCGGACAUUCUCGCGGGGAAGAUAAGGGUGGAGUUUAUAAAGGGUUAUAGGGACAAUCCGAAAAUAAAUGCCAUAGCUGUUGUGAAAGGUUUUUUGGAUGAUGUACCACAAUUAGGACCGAUACCGCCUGAUCCGGAGGACUAUCACGGUAUGCAGGAAGAGGAAGAGGAGACUACUAUGCGUAGCAGACACACGAGCGGGCCCAGAACACCCGACCCGUACUUGAUAGAUGAUUCGUCUAUUAUGUUUCCUGUUUUCGUAGCCAUCGGCGCUUUUAUCCCAUUAUUGUUCUGUUUAUGUAAAUUAUAAGCGGACAGACGCACACGUGCAUAGGAAUGCCUUGUACUUAACAGUGUUCCCGAUUAUUUAGACUCGCUCAAUCUAUACAGGAGGACGUCUAAAUAGUGUAAAUAAACAAUCAUUCAUCUAAAGCUC